UUCAACGACAAGGCACGGCACGCCAUGGAAUCCAAAAUCUCCCUCCGACGAUUCGGGCAGCCAGACAAGGUGUCCGACGUCGCGGCCUUCCUGGCCCUGAACUCGUACACGAAUAAUUGCAUCCUCAACCUAGACGGGGGGUUGAGUGUGGUG